AUGCAGUCGGCGUCUGUCAAUUGGCGUGGCGUCUCUCCAAUACCUCGUGCUUUCUCUACUGGUAAAACACGCUCAUCAUCGACUCCAUCACGUUCUAGAGUCAAAUCGCAACGUCAUAUAAAAAAGCCGUCACUUUCUGCUUUCCAACGUGGUGUCUUAAAAGCUCGUGCGUUGGUUGAUAGUGCGACGACCCCUGAGGAACUGGAAACGAGGUUACAAACGCUUUUAAGAGGUUCAAAGUAUUCCGAUGCUGCGUUCCUUAUUGUUGCUAGUUCGUACUUAAGUGAACGCUUUCAAACACCCGAUGUAGCACGUCUUAUGCUCGAACAAGCCAAGAGUCCACAGGCAUUAGAAAAAGUAGCACAAUUCGUGCGAGAUUUACAACUGCAAUCGAACAAUGAGCUUGUGACGCUGCUUAUUAAUGAAAUGGUGCGUGCACUACAAUUUAAUGCCGCUGUUAGACUUGCACAGGAGAUGGUGCCGGGAUUCGAACAGCUUUCAGCAUCUGUUGCGACUGUAAAGCGGCCGUGCUGGACCCCAUUGGCUUUAAUUCAAGCCAUGGUUCGUGCAAGAAAGUUUCGAGCAGCACUCAAGUAUUCCAAGCAAUUUGGACUACUGGAGACGUUCCCGGCUCCACAAUUAGUGGUCGGGAUGCUGGAGACAAGAUGCUGGGAAGAAGCUAUCUCGAGUAUCAUGGAGAUGCAGCUGUUCAAAGAGUUCCCGUUGGAGGCACUUGCAGUAGAAAUGAUGAAGCAGCGGCAAUGGUCUCAGGCUGCUAAGUGCAUGAACAAGAUGUCGGACAGAGAUGAUGCGAGAAUAAAGUUUUACGAAGCACUUGUGUGCGAGGCUGCUCAUGUGGGAGACUUUGUGACUUCAUUGCGAUAUUUACGUGAAUUCAAGCUACAUCAAGGCACGGGAGUGGCAACGGUGAAUUUGUUGCGGUAUCUGGUGGAUGCAAUGCUCGCACACGGCGAAUUUUACAAGGCAAUCAAAUACGCAAUCAAGUUCAAGCUAGCAAAGAACCCGCUGGACGAUGCCAUUGCAGCUGCUGAAGCUGCGCUUGCUGCUGUGAAUGGCGAAGAGGUGCCACACCUGAGCGAUGAUCACACAGAGUAUUUGCCGCAAUACAACGUCGAAAUCCUAAUUCGCAAAGCCAUCGCCGGUGGACAGUUCCACGUGGCUACAACAUACAUUAAGAGACUGCGUCUUCGCGAGAAGUUUGCUGAAGAGCUUGUGGCGAUUGAAAAAGCGCAGCAGACUCGGCUGCUGGAGUUCCGUCAAUACGCACAGUUGCGACUUGCACAAUUUCAAGACGCUGCGCUUCAGCAGAGUCUCCGUGCUUUGCUAGGUGAUCAAGCAGACGAUGAACUGGUUGAACUCGAACUAGUAGAAGAGGAGAUUGUCCUGUCAGUGGAAGAGGAGAUUUUUCCGUGCGGCAAGAAGACUCGGCAAGUCAAGGAGGAGGAGGAAGAAGAGGAGAGCGAACUUAGCAUAAAGGAGAGAUGUCAGGCAUUCGUUUCUGAGAGCAAUAAAACUGAUGAAACGCAGCAGCGCGAGUCCAAUGCACCUGUCGAGACGUCAGAUGAAUCACGUUUUGGCUUUGCUCGGGCGCCGCCACAACCACCGCUCCCAAGUGACCCUGUUUCUGAGGCUGGAGUUUCUGGUGUCGAAGGCGACAACCUAUCUCGCAUUAAACCGUUAUCACAUGUCAAAGGUGCACCUCCGGGUUUGUUCAGCUCGUCAGAGCCCGAAUCUGUUCAAGAUCAAAAGCAAGACGACACCGGUGGCUUUAACUUCGCGAAUUUUGCGAAAUCUUUUCACGGAAGCGACCCACCGCCACCGCCUAAUCCCGCCUCAUCGUCACUACCUCUUCAGCAAUCACCCCCGCAGCAGCCGCCGCAGCAGCAACCUCAUCUGAGUCAGCAACAGCAAGUUCAAGCAAUGUUUGGCCAACUUGUGCCAAACGGUCAGUUUGCGAGUGGGCCACCGGGAUACCCCAUGCCGCCGAUGAUGCCGCAGCAGAGUUCUAUAUAUUUCCCGGGAGGAAAUAUGCCACCUAGUGCUAUGCAGCCACGUGGUUAUCUGCAGCCCCCGCCUCCUCCUCCGCUCCCUUCGAACAAUGGAGGAGGCGCUUUCGAUGUUGCUGCCCUUGCAAUGCAGUUCCACAACGGCGGCGGUAGCAACGAUUCGUCUGGCUUUAGCGGAUUUGGCGGUCCGCGCCCACCCAUGGGAUAUCUAAGUGCCCCAUUGAAUGGCCAACAACAGCAACAGCUUUUUCGAGGAAUGCCGCCACCGCCUUUCAGUGCCCCUCCGCCGCAAUCUGCUUUCAAGCCAAGCAUGUCAUACACCUCGAUCACUACGACUCGCCAGAAGAAAUAG